GUGCGCCGUCUCAAUAAACUCAUCUGCCUCAUUGAUGACCUGGCGGCCGGCGGAUUCUCCCCGGCCUACCAUUCGGGUGACAGUUUGAUUGAUGAUACUGUGAAGGCGCUGGAAAAAGAUGCCGCCUUCAUGAGCACCUUUGCCGAUCGUGGCUUCCCCAGUCUGCUCAAGGUCUACUGUGUCGGACCGACACUGGUGUUUGCUAGCGGUCUCUGUCCGCCCCAUUCAGAGGGCAAUGCUAAUGGAGGCGAGCAUUUGGUCCAAUUGGCUGAUUUUGCACAGCUGCUCAAGCGGGUAUUUGAUGAGCUACGGGCCCAGGCCAAACGUUCUGACGAUUUCUAUUACGUGGAAAUCGGUAGGUCCAAUUUUGAAUAUGAUUACGCAUCAAUUGACUUACUUUUACUUGCUGCGGCUGUGAUCAUGACCGAUCCAGCCGGCCUCAACGAUGUUCCUUACAGUGUUUCUCCACGCGCCACGAUCCGUGGCCUCAGACCUGGACAGUUCGAGCCAUUCUCUUUGCCAGCGCCGGAGACCGAAUACCGAAGCUCCAAGCACCACUUCCAUGUCCUAACGGACUGA